CACCAUGAAGACGGUCCUGGUCCUCUCCAUUCUCCUCUGUGCUGCAUUUGCAGCUCCGGCUGAAGACAAAGAGAAGCAUGCUCCAGAAGCAGCAGCAGCAGAGGCCCUGAAGGAACAGUCGGUUGCUGCACCUGAGAUGGAGGACAAGAUGAUGAAGAAAGAAGAAGCGUCUGUGCCAGAAGAUUCUGUCCCUGUUCCCAGAAACGCACUUCAGUCUGAGGAGGCAGCAGCACCUGAAUCUCGUUAUAACUUCUGUCCACAAGGCUGGUUCAGCCACGGCUCUCGCUGCUUCCUCUUCGUCAAUACUGCCAUGAACUGGUACAGUGCUGAGGAGUACUGCAACGGCCUGGGUGCCCACCUGGCUUCUGUAACCAACAGCAGAGAGUACAGCUUCCUCCAGCAGAUCACACGGACAACCGGUCAGAGCGUCGCGUGGAUUGGAGGCUUCAGUCUGCAGGGCCGGUGGAUGUGGAUCGACCGUGAGGGUUUCUAUUACACCAACUGGUACUCCCAAGUGUCCUCCAGCAGCUAUCCCUGUGUCUACUUACGCACCACCUCUGGUUGGAGUAACAACCCGUGUACCUCUUCUUUCCGCUUCAUCUGCUCCAAGAACCCUUUCAGCUGUUAAUAUACGGACUAAACAUCUGGAGCCUUGGGACGGAUCGGCCGAUGUUAUUUUUUCCGUUUGAAGCCAAAUAAUGAACUUUGUUGUGUGUAUUACUGAAU